AAAAAAAACACCAAAUCGAACGCUUCAGAUGAUUAUUUUAAAUAGGAAAAUGUUUUUUUCGAUGUAAAAAUAUAUUAUCUAUCUAUAAGGCGACACAGAAACACGGGAAACGUCACUUAACUAAACAGGUCAAAUUGUGACGUCAAAUGUCAGGUCAUAGACAUUCUCAAGUUUAUAAAUCGGUAUCCAUAGCGACCAUUUUGACAACGAAAAACUGUUUCUAUUGCUGCAUCGUUGGUGAAGAACACACAAAAUGCCAGAGCUGGUCGAGCAGAUGUACUGCUCUCAGCAGAUAGUAAUCCCACCAAAGUUUCCUUACAUCCUGAAGAGGUAUUGUAAAGCCGCUAUCAAGACCCAACCUUACGACUUACUCAGAUGGUCGUAUGAGUAUUUCAAAGCCCUCGCCCAACGGAAGGAGCCACCGGUGAAGCUGAGGCUGGAGUACCCCGUGUACAGCACCGAAGGUGGACUCACCAGGGGCUGUCUGAAGGUUCUGGCACACCAGUUGUCAGGCAUGAAAGACGUUCCCCUGCCGUCUCUGAAGGGCGCCUGGCAGGGGUUCUGCCUGGACCAGAACGAGCUGAAGCGCGUCCUCUGUCUGUGCGAGGUGUACAUGAGGGAAGAUACUGUGCCGUUUCUGCAUUUCAUAGCGGUUGCUGGCGGUUUAUUGACUAAGACCCUCACCCACACCAUGAUCCUGCUAUGCGAGACGUUGACCAAAGAGCCUGAUGGUGGCUCGGCAGCAAUACCGACUGAGGACUUCAUCAGGAUGUACCAGUUCCUCGCCAGGAUGGACGCUUCGAAGAACGUCAAGUACAUCAAUGGAUUCAGAGAGGGGGAAGAACCACAGCCGUCUAUUGAAGAAGAAGAAGAGGAGGAAUUGGAACAGCCAGAGACGUUGGAGGAGGAACAGCUGCGCAACAUGAGUUCUGCCAAGUUGAAGGACCGCCCGGCGGAGACCUCCAAAGAUGGAAUGGUGGCAGGGAGACAAAUGUCGACCACCAGCGGUGAAUUCAUCGUUGCACACAUCGAACAGGAGAUCAUGGACUAUAUCAACGAGCAGAUCGCUAUACUGCCUGACCCGGAUUUGAAGAAGAAAAAGGCCAAACCGGAGGAAGUACAAAUGAUCCGUGACAUGUUGGAGACGUUUUUGGACGAAAAUAUGGACAUCAUUGUGCCUGAAGUAGAAGAGGUAGAGGAAGAGGAGCAACCGAUACCAGAUAUAAUUCAAGUGUACGCCGUUCCCGGUAUCGGACCUACCGUUGACGAGGAAAUCAUUGUGGACUUCAUCAACUACAUCAUGGACGUCAGCAAGGUGCAAGCUGAUGUGUGUAUGCCGAGGAACAUCAGGCACUUCAUGUGUCCACCUUUGGAGAAAUAUUCAGAGCACAAAUAUGAAGAAGGAAAAUCUAAGGAGGAAGUAGCAACAGGAGGUAAAAUUACAGAUUAAUUUAAU